AUGCGUUUCACUUCUCUUGUGGCAUUUGCCAUUGUGGGCCUUGUCCUGCUCACUUGGCAGGAUAAUAGCAAUACUGCCUUGGCCACUACCACCAACUCGACGACUACAUCUAGCAGCAAUUCCACUUCAAGUUCCGAUAAUACGACAACCACCACCACAACAACAACAACAACAACCACGACAACUACCACCGAAUCUUCAGAUGACGACACAACUGAAUCCAGCUCUUCAUCUUCAUCCUCAUCGUCCUCCAAGAAGAAGCGUGAGAGACGUCGUCGUCGUCGUUUGGCCAGGAGGAGGCGCCAGAGGCGCCGCGAAAGACGUGCCGAACGUCGGGCUGAGCGUAAAGCCGAAAGGAAAGCCGAAAAACGUCGUCGCGGUUAA